CCUCUCCACUUCUUUUACUCUCUUAAACACAAGCUCAUUGACAAUCACAUCCAUCAUGGCCAUGUUGCAAUCAACAAAGGCCCUUUUGACCAGCACACGCUCUUCUUCUUUAGCUGCAAAGACUGCGAUCCGAGCAUUCGCUACUGCAGCCCCUGUCAACCCUGCGAUCCCUCCUGCUCGUACAACCUUCGGUAACCUUUCAGAUGAGGACCGUAUUUUCACAAACAUCUAUAGCCGUCACGACUUUAGGCUCAAGGGCGCAUUGAAGCGUGGUGACUGGUACAAGACCAAGGAAAUCUUGUUGAAAGGUCACGAUUGGAUCUUGAACGAGAUGAAGGAAUCUGGUCUUCGUGGACGUGGAGGCGCCGGUUUCCCAUCUGGACUCAAAUGGAGCUUCAUGAACAAGCCCUCGGAUGGCCGUCCUCGCUACUUGGUCGUGAACGCUGACGAGGGAGAACCCGGUACCUGCAAGGAUCGCGAGAUCAUGCGCGGUGAUCCCCAUAAAUUGGUUGAGGGAUGCUUGGUUGCUGGCCGUGCUAUGAAUGCUAAUGCUGCCUACAUUUAUAUUCGUGGAGAGUUCUACAACGAGGCAUCUAAUCUCCAGAUUGCUAUUGAUGAAGCUUACAAGAACGGUCUCAUUGGAAAGAACGCCUGCGGAUCUGGAUACGACUUUGACAUCUAUAUCCACCGUGGCGGAGGAGCUUACAUUUGUGGAGAGGAGACCGCAUUGAUUGAAUCAAUCGAGGGUAAGGCUGGUAAGCCUCGUCUGAAGCCUCCAUUUCCUGCCGAUGUCGGUUUGUUUGGCUGCCCCACUACCGUUGCCAAUGUCGAAACUGUUGCUGUCGCCCCCACCAUCUUGAGACGCGGAGGUAAAUGGUUUGCAGGAUUCGGUCGCCCUCGUAACUCUGGCACCAAACUUUUCUGUAUCUCAGGACAUGUCAACAACCCUUGCACAGUUGAGGAAGAAAUGUCGAUCCCACUUAAGGAGCUGAUCGACAGGCACUGUGGAGGUGUCAAGGGAGGAUGGGAUAACUUGUUGGGCAUCAUUCCUGGAGGCUCCUCAGUCCCUGUUCUUCCUCGUGAAAUUUGCGACGAUGUCUUGAUGGAUUUCGAUGCUUUGCGUGAUGUUCAGUCUGGAUUAGGAACUGCAGCCGUCAUUGUCAUGGAUAAGUCGACUGAUAUUGUCCAGGCCAUCUCAAGGCUUUCUGCUUUUUAUAAACACGAGUCCUGUGGACAGUGCACUCCCUGCCGUGAAGGAACAUCGUGGUUGGCCAAUAUGAUGACACGGUUUGAGGCUGGUUUGGCUAGACCUAGAGAAAUUGAUAUGAUUGAGGAGUUGUCGCGUGAGAUUGAAGGACAUACAAUCUGUGCAUUGGGAGAUGCCGCUGCCUGGCCUGUCCAGGGCUUGAUCCGUCACUUCCGUCCCGAGCUGGAGGCACGCAUGGCUCAGUUCAGACAGGAGACUCAAGCUCAGGCGCAAGCCUCAGCUUAGUGAUAAAAAAAAAAGAAAAAAAAGGACAAGAGAUUGAGAGAAGCGAUAAUCCGACAAUUACCAAUUCAUUAGCUACAGUCAAUAGCAAGCCCGCAGUAUCAUAUCAUGCACAC